CGUCAAGCUGGAUUACUUAAACGCGAUGGAUUUCGACGACGGGGACCUGAAGGAUAUUUGGGACACUGAUCUCGAUGCGAACCUACAAGACACACUGAAGAUGUCCAACUAUCCGGACAUCCAGGACUGGAUGGAUCCCAACUCCAAGCUGCCGCCGGUCAUCCUGAACGACAAGCUGAUGACGGACGCGAUCAUUGGGACGUGCAUGCCGAUCAAGACGGAACACUCGUACAGCCUCAACUCGGACGGUGAUUCGCUGCCAGACACGAUUCCAGAUUCGCCCCACAGUCUGCAGAACAAAAUGGAUGCAGAUAUGGAUGAAGAAUGCUAUCCGGCAAUCAGCAUGAAUGGCAGCAGCAAACAUCAACACAUCAUCCACAGACAGAAUCAUGCGAACUCGCUGCUAGCCAACGGACAAACAAGGGACAGUAAACCCACCUUUGCCGGGAUGUCCCUACUUGCAAAUGGAGGCGGUCUAUCGAAUGCAGGUCAACAGCAGAACGCACAAAUGCCCACCAAUGGUGGGUUCAGUACCAGCAAUGGUAGUCUCCUCAGUAACAACAACAAUAAUCACCUCGUGGUGAACAAUAACCUCAACCUGAAGGAUAGCAUUGCGGGAAUGAAGGAGUUGGCCGGGUUCGGUUCAACAUCUUCCUGUCACGAUUCGUCCUCAUCUACAUCCGCCAGCAUCGCGUCCGAUAUUGAUAUUGAUGAGACGACCGUGAAGGAAGAACCACUGUCGCCGAGCUCGAGCUGUCCACCAUCACCGAUCGGUUCGGGUUGUGGAGGAGGCGGUGGUAGUGAGGGUGGUGGAGGUUCCUUGCAUAGCAACUUUGGCGUUUCAUCUGCAACCCUUGGAGCCUACGCUCAUACGGAUCUUGUACUCGAGCAUAAGAAUGGUUCCCUCCAGCUGUCAUCCGCCUCACAAAGCCUGCUCAAGAAUCAGCAGAUCAUGAUCGCCACUAGCAUUCCGCAGCAAAGCUCAACCACCCAGCAGCAACAGCAGAAGUUGGUAAUGUCUAAGCUGAACAUCAAGAUGGAACCACAGUCGUCCGGCUUUGGGCUCCCUCCGACACCACCGUCCUCGUUACCGAGCGACGAAUCGGAGGGCAAUCAGAGCCCCGAACAUCACGUCUCCCCCAUGUCUCCGCCAACCGAUAUCGGCAGCACGUCCAGUGGUGCCAACUCGACGACAUCCAGCCGCCGAACGUCCCUGCACGCGAGCAGCAGCAUCACCUCGGGAGCCGGUUCCAUGAUUGGCAGCACCGCUGGUGGUCAGUCAGCAACCACUACCUCCCGCCAAGCAUCCGGCGCUAGUCACCACAGCUCCUCCGCUGGUUCAUCACCGUCCGCCUCCCAGUCGACCACCAGCUCGACGAGGCAGCCGAUCCACACCCCGCUCAUCAGUAGUCAACCGAAGGGUUCCACAGGAACGCUCAUCUUGACGGAAGAGGAAAAGCGAACACUACUGGCCGAGGGAUACCCAAUCCCAACGCGGCUUCCGCUGACCAAAGCCGAAGAGAAAUCUCUCAAAAAGAUUCGGCGGAAGAUCAAGAACAAGAUCUCCGCACAAGAAAGUCGGCGGAAGAAGAAAGAGUACAUGGACCAGCUAGAACGCCGGGUUGAGAUACUGAUGUCCGAGAACCUCGACUACCGCAAGCGAGUCGAAACGCUCGAGGACUGCAAUCAGAAUCUGCAGACGGAGCUGUCGAAGCUGCGACAGCUUAUUACCCGACAGGGAACCCGGAAGGCGUCGUAAGGCCUCCAAAAAGUACCGUAGUAAGCGGUCCAGGCGUAUAACACAAAUGUACA